GUCUGCUGCACGUGCGCAGGUCCUGUCCUGUCACUUGUCCGCGCACGCGCGCAGUGCCCCCGUGCUUCAGCGAUGACGGUGAACGUGCGUGAGCGGCAGAGGGCUCCUGCACCUUUUGGGCUGAGGAGGGAGGAGGAACCGGCGCGGACCGAGCUCCGGCGCAGCGCGCAGACGCCACAGCGGACCUGAGCGCAUGCACGGAUCACCUGCGGGCUCCUUCAGAUCCCAGAGAGGUUCGAGUCCCCCCCUCUCCCUCCAGCAUCCCCCCCUCCAUCCCCCGGACUGUGGCCUCCUCCGUGUCCGCCGCGGCGGCGCAGCGCUGCCCGCUGCCUUUGCGCAGUCGCUCUCCGGAGCGCCAGCCUCCACCUCGGGCUCCGUCCCUCAUUCAGCUCCGGGCUGCUUUCGCUUUUGGCUCAGACUGGAUCGGUUCGGUUCGGCUCAUGGGGAUUUAGUCUCGUGAUAUGCUUUCUGGAUCUGGAGCCUCCGGGGAGGAAUGGGACUCUCUGCAUUUAUGGUCACAUGAAUGUCAGCGCUGCAGGCCAGAUGCUGGUGAUGGAGGAGCUUGUCAGUGAGAGCGACAGCAUGCCAAAGCGGAUAGCCCUGAUCUGCUUCCUGUCUCUGGUCAUGCUGAUGAGCGUCCUGGGAAACCUGCUGGUCAUGGUUGCAGUCUGCAAGGACAGACAACUCAGGAAAAUCAAGACCAACUAUUUCAUCGUGUCUCUGGCGUUCGCUGACCUGCUUGUGUCGGUCUUGGUGAUGCCGUUCGGCGCCAUCGAGCUGGUCCACCAGCACUGGAUCUACGGAGAGACCUUCUGCUUGGUGCGGACGUCGCUGGACGUCCUGCUGACCACUGCCUCCAUCCUUCACCUGUGCUGCAUCGCUCUGGACAGGUACUACGCUAUCUGCUGCCAGCCUCUGGUCUACCGGAACAAAAUGACGCCCAUGCGAGUGGCUUUAAUGAUGGGUGGCUGCUGGGUCAUUCCCACGUUCAUCUCCUUCCUGCCCAUCAUGCAGGGCUGGAACAGCAUCGGCAUCGACCACGUGAUCGAGGAGAGGCGCCACAGCGGGGGCAGCAACACCACCUCCUGUGUCUUCAUGGUCAACAAGCCAUACGCCCUCACCUGCUCCCUGGUGGCCUUCUACAUCCCCCUGGUGCUGAUGGUGCUGGCCUACCAGAGGAUCUACGUCACAGCUCGGGCCCACGCCCUGCAGAUCAGCAUGCUGCAGCGGGCGGGAGGAGCCGGGGCCCCUGGGACGUCGGGGGUGAGCGCCGACUCGGCAGACCAUCAACGCAACCACCGGAUGCGAACAGAGACAAAGGCGGCAAAGACUCUCUGCAUCAUCAUGGGAUGCUUCUGCCUCUGUUGGGCGCCAUUCUUCGUCACCAACGUGGUGGAUCCGUUUAUAGACUACAGGGUGCCGGACCAGCUGUGGACCGCCUGUCUCUGGCUGGGCUACAUCAACUCCAUGCUGAACCCCAUCCUCUACGCCUUCCUCAACAAGUCCUUCCGCCGUGCCUUCCUCAUCAUACUGUGCUGUGGGAGAAAGAGGUACCGCAGGCCCUCCAUCCUGGCGUCGGGCGCCGCCUGCGCAGCCACGCAGAUCAACGGCUCCACGCAUGUUCUCAACGGCUGCUCCUCCGCCUCCAAGCUGCUCCUCUGGUUCUGCAACACCAGACCAGUGCCCGUGUAGCUGCUGUUUUAGGGCCACCCCAGGUUCUGUCAAGUAUUCUGUCCUUCACAACGGGAACCACAAAGAGCAGGAGAAGAAGCCUCUGCACCCAAACACAGAGUCCUCCCACGAGUCCUGUUUGUGACCAACGGAGACUCCGCUGUCACCACUCCGACAACCGGGGCUCCCACAGCGCCGCCGCAGGCCGCAAGGAAACACGCCGCGGCCGUCACACAUCCAGAACUGGAAUCAGAACCAGAACCCAGAAGGUGGACUGACAGGAUCUCGAGGAGGACUGACACAUGGCUGCUGGUGUUGAUGCUCAGCCAGAACCUGAGGCAGGUCUGUUCAAGUGCAAAGGGGGGGCUGAAAAGCAGCGCCCCCCUGGAGCUGGUUCCCUGGUCUGCAGGGUUCCUGCAGAGACUGAGCUGGUCCAGUCCAAGUCAGUGGAGAGCCUGGAGCUGUGCUGGACUUCAGAUGGGACUCGUGACUGCGCUGGCAGACUAUUAUGUAGCCAAAGUGAUUUUCAUACCCAUUCAGUGGACCUAAUUCUGUUAAUGAUAUGAUGCUCCCUGUUGUUUUCCAGCAAAGAAAGAUGCAAAAUAGAUUUUUAAAAUUGUUUCUUGUAAACUGAGACGAAGUUCUUGAGGAGUGUCGAUGUCCGAACGGAGCGGAGGAGGCGUCUUUUUGUAAACAUCACAUUAAACAUCACACGUCUGCUUUGACUCAAA